AUGAACGACCCGUUCUUUUCUAGGACAAAGUCGACAAAGUCCAAAAAUUCCAAAACAGAUAAAUUUUCAAAUAAAAGCAAAAAAGCUACCACGUAUAAAGAAAAUGAUAAAGCUUAUACAGGCAAAAAGCGCAAAUUGGAAGUAAAGGAUGACGAAGAAUCAAUCCCUUCUAGUGAAGAUGAAAUAGGACCGGGCUUAAUUGACGAUAUGGAUAUGGAGCAUAGCUUUGAUGAGGAAAGCAACACUGAGGAUGAUCAUGAAACGCCGGCGGAGAAAAGGCGUCGUCUGGCUAAACAGUACAUUGAUAGUGUACGAGAAGAGCUUGAUGAAGCGGGAUUUGAUGCGGCUGAGAUCGAUCGUGAUUUAAUUGGACAACGUUUGAGAAAAGACGCGCUUGAGGCUUCGGGACGCCUUCAUCGAGAAUUAGCCAACACGUUUCAAUUUCCUAUCGAUCCCUUAAAAAUAAAAUCGGGAAGACAUGAACUCUCGGUGACUUGCGUUGCCACUACUGAUUCGUCCCAAUUCUUUCAUACAGGAUCUAAAGAUGGAACAAUAAAGAAAUGGGAUAUUAAAACAGGAAAAAAAUUACAUGUUUUUCCUGGUGGUCGAAAAGAGUUCAAAGAAUAUGAUGGACAUAAUGACGUGGUGUUGGCGUUGGCUGUUAGUUCAGAUGGAAAAUAUUUGGCUAGUGGUGGGGCUGAUAAAAAAAUCAAUAUCUGGUCAGUUCAAGAUAACACACUUGUGACAUGUUUCAAACAACAUAAAGAAAGCAUAACAGGUCUCGCUUUCCGUAAAGGUUCAAAUCAAUUGUAUUCGGCGUCUAAUGAUCGCUCAAUAAAAUUAUGGAACGUGGACGAAAAAGGAUACAUAGAAACUUUAUUUGGCCAUCAAGAUCAAAUCACAGCAAUUGACACAUUAUCACGUGAGCGUUGUGUUACAGUAGGCGGCAGAGAUCGUACAUGUAGAUUAUGGAAGAUUGUUGAGGAAUCACAACUGGUAUUCCGAGGUGGCUCAAAAACAGAAAAAGAAGAUGGUAAAGUGUAUCAAGAAGGAUGUUUGGAUGCGAUCGCGUUAAUUGACGAGGAACACUUUUUGAGUGGAAGUGAUAGUGGUGCCAUUUCAUUAUGGAAUAUACAAAAAAAGAAACCUAUAUUUGUAUAUGACAUUGCACACGGAACACAAAUAACCGAUUCUGAGAGUCAAAGUCACAUACAACCGUCUCCUUAUUGGAUAGUAUCCUUGGCAACACUACGAUAUUCCGACGUGUUCGCAUCAGGAUCAUGGGACGGAAACAUCCGGUUAUGGAAACUCACAAAUAAAAUCCAUUCUUUUGAACCAUUGACUAAAAUCCCAAUUAUUGGAUUUGUGAAUUCACUUCAAUUUACCACAAUUGAACACGAUUCAAAGUCAAAUGAGGCGAUAACAACAAAGGCGACGACUGCGACAUUACUUUUAGCGGGUAUUGGUCAGGAGCACAAGUUUGGGAG